CUUACAAGACAGCCGUGCGCGCGGAUCAAGACAAGAAAUUAAACCCGGAAAAAAAUCGAAUUCGAUGAAUUUUGCUAACCUGUGGUGCUUAGAUGAGAAUCAAUUAAAUUUUGGGAGAGUGUGUGGGGGCGCCUAGUUUUUAUUUAGGGAGUUUUGUAAAUUGGCGGAAAUUUAUCUUUUUUCUAAUCUUUAUUUUAAAUAGAAAGAAUUAUUUGAACUUUACAUUAAUUGGACUUUCAAGAAGCAUUUGAUUCGCGACAAACCAAACACACAAAAUCAUUGAAAAAAAUCUAAAUAAAUAAACUGCAGCCUAAGCCACAGAGAAAUGCCACAGAGAGAAAUUGUGCUGUGUUGAAAACCAAACACAAAACUAAGUUCCAUUUUUGUGAGAGUGUAUUUUUGUUUUGUUAUUCAUACAUACCUACAAACAUACACACAUAAAAGUGCUCAAUUUAUAUUCUUAUCACGCUUUAGUACUUAGCCUUUCAGUGCAUUCCGCUUUAAUCGCCUAAAACAAAAAAAUUGACUCAGUGCCAUCGCUUAUCAGUAAUAAAUAAAAGUUUUCAAUAGUUUUAUAUUGAGCUAUUUUAAAUACUAUAUACUACAAAUGGACGCACUAGCCAAAGCCUAUAAUAUGUCUCCCCCAUUUAAUGAAGUGAACAUUUAUACGUUGGUGCGAAUGGCGUUCGUUUGGCAGCUACUUUCGUUCGCUGUCUAUUUGGUGGGCCUAUUGGCCAUUGCGACAUUCUUCUUGGAUAAUUUCAAAUCGGUUUUGUCGAUAGUGAAAACAAUUUUAGAGCCAUAUUUCCAGCCGCAAGUGCCGCAAACUUUGGUGGAAAAAUUCGGAAAAUGGGCAGUUAUCACCGGUUCAACGGAUGGCAUUGGUCGGGAAUACGCUAAAGAAUUAGCCAAACAAGGCAUCAAUGUGGUGCUCAUCUCACGUACCAAAGAGAAGCUCAUGGCGGUGACAGAAGAGAUUGAAAACGAGUACAAAGUGAAGACAAAGUGGAUAGUUGCUGACUUCGCUAAGGGUCGCGAAGUUUACGCACACAUUGAACGAGAACUGAGUGGGAUACCUGUUGGUAUACUAGUUAACAAUGUUGGCAAAAUGUACGACUAUCCUGAUGAACUUGCCAAUAUACCUGAAAACAUCAUUUGGGAUCUGAUCAAUAUUAAUGUGGCUGCUGUAACAAUUAUGUCACGCAUGCUCAUACCAGAGCUAAAGAAACAGAAUCGUGGUGCUAUUGUAAAUAUAUCUUCAGGCAGUGAAUUGCAACCUAUACCCUAUAUGGCUGUGUAUGCAGCAACCAAACGAUAUGUGAAAUGUUUCUCACAGGCGAUCGAACGUGAAUUGGCCGAACACAAUAUCACUGUACAGUGUGUUACGCCACUCUUUUUGGUCACAAAAAUGAAUCAAUAUUCGGAUACGGUGAUGAAAGGUGGCUUUCUAAUACCAGAUGUGAAAAGUUUCACACGUUCGGCUGUCUUCACAUUGGGUAAAACUGCUGAGACGACGGGCUAUUGGACACAUGGAUUGCAGUAUUUCUUUAUGAAACUCAGUCCAGAGUGGCUUCGCAUACGUAUUGCGCACGUGAUGACACGUCAAUUGCGUCGAGAGUACCUGACGACACAUGGAAAAAAAGUUUGAAAGACUGAAAAAUGAAUUGCACGGAAUUUUAAUUUCAACUUUUUUACUUACACGCAUACACACACACACACACAUGUAGAUAUUCAUAUUUUGCAUCAUUUUAUUAUUGUUAAUUUUCCAUAUAUAUUUGCCUAGAUAUAAAACUAAAAUUAUCUUUCGUUCAUC